AUUCGGCGGCUACAACGCCAUGUAACGACGCCCUCGACGUUCGUUCAUGUCCGUACCAUCUUGUCGCUAUCGUGAACGGCGAGCGCAGAUGAAGUUGGACGGUGUCUUGUAGGGCGCUCGCCGACCCUGUGCGCGGCACGUGGCAGACCACUCUCUUGCUCUCUCCUCAUUGUCGUUCAUCAGCCGUGCUAUCUACCAGCAUUUCCUGGUCCAGAAAUCAGACAACAACGCGAUCAGUCAAGCUAGUUGCUUUGAAGUGGAAGUUGGCGGUCAAAGAGUGAAUUCAAGUCGACAAGUUGUUGCAUUGUAACGGUUCCGAGCGGCGACGAGUCGGACAGUCAGUAUUUCAGUCGGAGUGUGGCAUUUGUAAGUUCUCCGCUUUCUCUCCUUCAUUUGCCUCCAUACUACGCUUUGUAGUUACCAUUAUGGGCCUAUGGUAUGGCGAGUUGGAUGCAGGCGAAAACCAGGUCGAAAAGUCGACACCGUCGGGCGUGACAUUUAUGUCAACUGGCCAGUGACUUUCAUAGUCUUGCAUCCUACUCGUCUUCACCUCUCAUUACUACCUUCGUUUCAGGAAUCAAUACUAACCAUUAUCUAUUAUGGCUCCAGAGUUCUGCUUUCGAGCAUUAUUCACCUCCAAGACGGUGUCGUCGAAUACUUCAUCCCAUUAUAAACCAACCGCAAAUGGCAGCCGAGCAGCCAAAGUCUUCGACGACACCUAGUCAACAGGACCAUCCUCCUUCAAUGCACGCGCAGCACCCAGCUCUCGCGCCCUACCCGUACGCUGGUGCACCUUAUCCGCCACUUCAUGCAGGCGCCUACCCGCCAUUCGUCUAUGCAGCUCCUGUACCAGAUGGUCACCAUGAUCCCAAUGCUAAUGGUGCUCCUCAGCCACCUUUCCUAAUGGCGUAUCCGCCGCCGCCGCCAGGCAUGGUAUAUGCUAUUCCCGCCCCAAUGCCUCCGGCCAAUGGUCAAGCCCCUGGUGGUGUAUACCCACAAUUCGCACCUUCGGCUAGUAUUUCACAGGUAAUGCCUAGGCCUAAACGGAAACAAGUAAAGAUGGCUUGUACCAACUGUGCAACAGCUUGUAAACGAUGCGACGAGGCUCGCCCAUGUGAACGAUGUCUCAAGUAUGGAUUGGCAUCUACAUGCGUGGAUGGCGUUCGCAAAGAACGGAAGAAAGGCAUCAAGCGAGGACCAUACAAGCGUAAGAAUAAAUCCCUCAACGGCGACACAAUCGUCUCGGCUCCACCUCCUCAAGGACUUCCAGUGUCUCCUCCCAACGGCGAGGCACAUGACGGACACGCUCAGUCCCUUCCAUAUAUGCUGGCGCCAGAAGGCUAUUACCAGUACUUUUACCCUGGAUUUGCACCUCCCGUCCCUGCACACGCCCCUGCUGAUGGUUCACAACCGCCUCAGCAAAAUGGCAGCACCAACGGAACCCCGAGCGCUGUUGCGUCUCCUACACCACAAGCACCUCCCGCGCAACCUCCAGCUUCGAAUCAUCCAUCGCUUUCUCAUCCGGGAGUCCCUCCCUACUUUCAUCAAGUAUACCCACCGCCCUUCAAUUACCCUACUCCGGGCGUGGGUUACCCCCAACCGUAUCCCAUCAUGGUUCCACCCCCUGCGCAGGACCCGAAGAACGACCAGAACGGCGAUAGUGGAAAGGGGAAGAAGAGGGCCCAUCCGUCUGGGUCGGCAACGCCUGCAACGAACGGCGAAGGUGACCCGAAAGCGAAGCGUGCGAGGACUGGACAAGACGAUACAAAUGGUGUCGGGCAUUGAAAACAUGCUCUUCGCUUUCUUGUGAGCACAUACGCCUGUAUAAUAUGGAUGUAUAUCCUAAUAAUGUUAAUAUAUAGCUGUCGUUUCGUUGGGACUUCUUCGUGUGUAUACCUGUCAUCUUGUGGUCAUUCUGCGUCGUAUCAUAUCUUUCUUGGUUUUUCUCUAUCUCUCGGACUUCGAAUUGGCAUAUACAUUGCCACCACUACUUCGGUUUCCAUGGUUCUUUGUCCCUGCACAGUGUUAUAUGGUGUUGCUUUCAUUCUUGAGUAGGGCUCGCUUGGUGGGGACAAAAAUCCGAGGACACCGUUGGAUAUUCCCACUUCAUCUAUCUCCAAAUUAGGAAUUGUCGCUUCUUCCGUUCCGUAUUGUAUGAUAUUGUCUCUGGAUCUUCCUAUCUCUCUUCCUGUGAGCAGCUCCGUUUGGAGAUGCUCAUGGGGCUGACUCUUCGUUCUGAUUGUUACAUGUUGUACUAUAUAUAUAAAGGUAAUAUUUAUAAGAUGCUGGAGUUGUCGGUACGUG